AUGCCCAACAAAGCUCAAGAGGAUGCUGUAAUCAAUCUGAAGACACUGCAAGACAUUUCCAGGCAGCUUGGCUUCGAGUGGACGGCGCUGGCGUAUGAGCUUGGCUUCAGCAGAACUGAAAUUGGGCGGUUCCACACCAGAUCUGCAGAGAAGAGCCUCCAGGCUCGGGCCAUGUUGGAAAGCUGGUAUGAGAAGUCAUGGGACAAGCCCAAUAAGACCAAACUGCUGCAGGAUGGACUGGAGCGAGCAGGCCGACGUGAUCUUUCUGAGAAACUUCGCUGCCUCCACUGGGGCCACCAGAAGCUGAGCCAGAGAGUGGAGCUUCCUUCUGCCUUCCCCUUCCUCAUCACCGUCCACAAGACCAUCCACAACCAAGACGCUCUGCGCAGAAUCAAUGACCUCAACCGUAGAUUCACUUAACCCUCGUGUCGUCAUGCGGGUCAGAAUUGACCUGUUUGAAAGUGUGUGUGUGUGUGUGGGGGGGAAUAUAUAUUUUUACAGUGAAACUUCUGAUGUCCACAUUUUCAGCAUUUUUGGGAAAUCUUUGAAAAAACACCCAGCUGUGCACUAAAAUGCAUGUAAGCUGCACUGCUCUGAAAUAAAUGGGCUUCUUUCACUGAACAGUGCUUGUUUUUUGUCUUGUAAGAAAUUGAAGCUUUGCAAUAAAGUUAAAAAGCAAAUUUACAGACUCAUAUUUUUUAUUUUAAAAUGCCAUUUUUUUAAAACAAAAUCUUCAUAUCUGUUCUUUUGACAGAAGUUUAGUACAUGUGAGUGGAAGGAAAUGGUAAGUUUAUGCAUAACACUUGAAAGAAAUCAAAAUAAUUAAGCUUCAUUAUAUAACACCAGUACUAAUUGUGAGGGCAGCGAACACAUCAAGAUGUCAGUUGGACUAAAAAUAUGCACACAACAGUAGUAGUAGAAUACUACUACUACGACUGACAAUUACUAUAAAACUGAACACAAACACUUGCUACAUAAAAAUAUGAAUUAUUCUAAGAUUUUUUUUCAACAUAAUUCCUAUUUUAACAACUUCUAACCUUUACUUUUUAAAUUCUGUCAAUGAUAAAAAUGACAGUAAUAGCACUUGGUACAAACACUUGCAACAUAAGUAAGAUUAAUUAUUUUAAGUAAUAUUUUUUCUUUAUCUAAUUCCUACUAUUAACAACUUUGUACACUUUUUAAAUUAGUGUAAUAAUAGUAGUAGCACUUUGCUCAAACACUGUAAAUAAGAUUUAUUUUUUACUAGUGUUUUUAAGCUAAUUACUAUUUUAAGAACUUUUUACAUUUAUUUUUAAAAUUAGUAUAAUGAUAAAAAAAAUAUAAUAGUAAUAGCCCUUGGCACAAACACUUGCUACAUGAAAAAGGAAUUAUUUUAACUAAUAUUUUUUAACCGAAUUAUUAUUUUAACAACUCUUUGUAUUUACUUUUUAAUUAAAAUAAUAAAAAUGAGGACAACAAUACUAACAGCAUUUGGCACAAACGCUUGCUAUAUAAUUAAGAUUUAUCACUAUUAUUAGUGUUUUUUAAUUUUACAUAUUUUAAUGUAAUCAUA